GGUUCAGGUGAUAGCCACGAGGGGGUUACAGAGGCUUCCAUGUACAACUUCUCAGCUUCCAAAUACCAAGUGAUGAGGGAAUGUUGCAUGUGAUGUACUGGUCACACUGUACACGAUUUCAAUGAUGUGACAUAAACCAUCUUCAUUGGCUCAUAAAAGUCGGAUUUUAUACCGUAUAUUGACUAACCCGCGAGUAUGGCAAUUUGACACUGAGAAGUAGAGGACAUUUUUUAGAGGACGCGAAAGAAGCUUUUGGAUGUAGAGUAUGGCACAGUUGGACAUACGUGUGCAAGUGUAUAUCAAAGUUUGAUGCGCAUGGUAGAGUUUUGGAUGAUUUAUGCCUCUGGUAUUUCUAUUUCCCUGCAGAAUCCUGUCUGUGUGAAAUGCCAUUUUGAACGUAAUCACUUUUGAGUGUAAUUCCUAUUGAUUUAACACAUGUUAUUGACAAAAGUCAAACGGAAUGAACACAAGUGGAUAACACAGUAUCAAUUCAUGCUGUGCAGCAUAUGACAUAACUAGCAUGGUUAGGAUCGGAAGCAUAUGUCCAUGGGCAAACACGUGCCAGAUGUUAUCUGGCUUUGACGCUUUAUAUUCGUUACAAUUCAAAAGUUGUAAACAAAACCAACGCAACAACAAGCAAUGUUCGAGGGACUCGCAACGAGAAUGUGACUUGGUAAAAUGAACGUUGUCUAAAACCUGCAUUUUACAUGAAAAGGUUACGAGAAUACGGACAGGAAGACCUUUGAAAUCACAAUGGUGGUUAUGAAUUCAACCAACCACACGUGCAAGCAUUACUAUCCCAAACAAGGUCCGAUAGAGCAAUGCUAUCAGUCGGACGAGGAUUUAAUGAAUUCCAUCUAUACAUUCAUAUACCCCAAGCCUCACGAGUGGAUAUUUACUAUACUGUACGUACUUGUAUUCAUCUUUGGAGUGUCUGGAAACUUCCUGGUCUGUUUUGCAGUCUGGAGGAACCGGCUGUUGAGGACCACCACAAACUAUUUUCUUGUGAAUCUGGCCGUGGCGGAUUUUCUGGUCAUCGUCCUCUGUCUUCCGCCGUCGUACACUCAGUCUAUAUGGGAAACGUGGUUUUUGGGCAAUGCCAUGUGCAAAGUGGUCGAAUAUUAUCAGGAGGUUACUGUCGUCGUGUCGGUGUUGACAUUGACCGCCAUCUCCAUCGAACGCUGGUUCGCAAUCUGUCACCCCUUAACCUUCAAGGAGACGAGGAAGAGAGUGAUUGUAUCCAUCAUUGUGAUUUGGGUGGGGGCGCACGUGAUGUCCAUCCCGAGACUCCUCAUCUUCCGAGAAAACCGAGACCCUAUGAUACCCAGCAAUUUAACCAUCCUUUUAACGUCAUGUGGUCCCGAUUACGACAUGGAUGUCCUGGCCUUGAACUAUGACCUCUUUGCUUUCGUGACCUUUUACAUUGUGCCUAUUGUGGUAAUGGGCUACACGUACACCGCAAUAGCCGUGUGUCUGUGGUCCAGUAUCAAGACUGGACAAUACCUUACCGAGGGCGACCAGAGUGCCGUGACGUUGCAAGUCCAAUCACGCCGUCGCACAGCAAGGAUGCUAAUUGUAGUUGUCGUCGUCUUCAUCCUGUGCUAUCUGCCUUACUACUCCUGGAACCUGAUGAGGUUAAUCCGAAGUCCCUUGGUUAAAAUGAUAGAUCGACACUCCGUCUCUAUCCUCACAUUAACAGCUCACUGGAUGGUUUACCUCAACAGCUCUAUCAACCCAGUCAUUUACAACUUCAUGAGCGGUAAAUUCAGAACAGAGUUUGCCAAAGUAUGUUAUUGUUUCUUUGGAAACUACACCGUGAAACGGAGACGGUGUUACGGAAACCAUGAAAUGGAGCCGUUAUCGACAACAAAAGGCAGAAAUGGUUUCAUGACAACAGAAUCCCCUCUGAACAGAAGAGACACUCAACGGACUGACACAGCCAUCGGGAAGGAUCCCCACGGGAACGUCUAAAUCCGAAGUAAAUGCUCUAUAUCGUACAACCUUGACAUACGAGAUAGAGAGAUUGUUAUCAUGCUGGGGCCUUUUUCAAUCUCUGACCUUCUAGAACAUUUUCGUGGCAAGCAACCCCAUAAUGAAGUGCCGUGAAGACCCUGCAGCAAAGUGUCUGAUGCCACUAGUACAGAAGUAUAGUCCUUGUGCUAAUUCUUUCCGGGUUGACUCAGUGGACGUUGGAGUGGUACACCUUUAGCUUCUUGGACACGCGAUCACUGCGCGACGUUGAAGCCUACAACUUCACACUGAGACUCACUGGUUUUAAGAAUGCCAAGUCUGCUGAGGCUUUCACGUUAUGAGCUAUACAAUCCAGUUUACACGACAACUCUCAUAACUUCUCUAAAAAUGCAUAUGGGACUUAGUUUAGGUGAAUGCCCACUUUGCAUUAAAUGGGAGGAUAUUUCUUACUUCAGUCAUAAGUUUCUCUUCCUUUGCGCAAUUAAAUUGCUCGGCGUAUUCUAGAAACUGGACAUAAUAAGUGUUAGAUCACAGAGAGUGGGUGAGCAUGGUUUUACGGCGCUUCUAGCAUUAUACCAGCACUGUCACGGCCGGGAACACCAGGAAUGGGCUUCACACAAUGUACCCACAUGAACAUUUAACAACAAUUACUAACAUACUUGUAUACAAGAGUUUGCUUUCUUCAAAUAUAUAUACUCAAUGUAUGUAUGUCGUUGCCGAAUAUGUGUUUUGAACAUGCGUGGAUAUAUAACAUCGCCCUGAAUGAUGCUUGAACGAUUGUUUUGGGUAAGGGUUUCAGAUUUUAAGGACUCGUUGUAAGGGUGUAAUGUGAAGAGUACUAGAAGGCAUGGAACAGUUACAGUUGUUGGAAAUUAUUAAAUGACUGUGACAAUACAAAUAAUGUGUAAAGGAUUCCGUGUGUUUCGUGGCAGUGUUUAUAUCAGUUGUAUAGUAAGAUAUCAAACAAAGGGGAAUCAUGGUCUCAAACACCACCGUCUUGUUCUCAGCUGUCAUGCAAAUUGGUGAUGUGAAUCCCAGAUUUGCUCUGACGGUGAGCCUUUGUUUGUCGGUACCGGGCCAGUUCUCCUGUGAUUUUUAGUUUUUUGUGAAGACUAUUCCAGUCAUAUGGUGUCAGCUGAAUGAAGAAUAAUGUGAUGCAGGGUGGGAAGGAAUUUGACGUUCACCACUUAGCUGAAACCCAGGAGCUUGGGUGAAGAGCUGACAAAUUAUAACAAUAACCAGUUUCAAACCAACCAUUCUAUGAUCCUUGUGUAACUAAGGGAUGUAACUCCGAGCGACGAAUUGCGGUGACCCGUGAUUCCGGGUCUCAUACAGUGUUAAACAUAAAUAUAGUAAACGUCUACCAAGGAGUUUUGUACAUGAAGCUUUCGUUAAACCCGCAUCUAUCACUCGCUCACCUGUCCAUGCAUUCUGGUGACAUUCAAUAAGAAUUAAAUAUAUGGUACUUAUUUAUUGUUAGUGUCAACUAUCAUGUCACAAUGUCCUACGAACUACAUGGCAUUAUCAUUAUUGUGAUGUUGUACAAUAGUGUCAUUAAUAAUAUGCUUCAGUACACUACAUGUAGGUAUUCAAAUUGAUUAUGACACCCUUCACAAUGUCCUACGAACUACAUGGCAUUAUCAUUAUUGUGAUGUUGUACAAUAGUGUCAUUAAUAAUAUGGUUCAAUACACUUUACAUGUAGGUAUUCAAAUUGAUUAUGACGCCCUUCAUCUUACAGCUGCUUGAGUGUCAGUGUUAGUUGACUGAUAGCUAUUUUGGAUAAAUUGUCCAUUCCUUAUAACUGCGUUUCAGGGCUCACUUGGCCCUUUUUCGAGCGACUGAAGGCGCAAGACGUGUUGUAAGGGUGUAAUGUGAAGUGUUUAUAUUAGUUGUAUAUUAAGAUAUCAAACAAAGGGGAAUCAAGGUCUCAAAAAAACUGUCUUGUUCUUAGCUGUCAUGCAAAUUGGUGAUGUGAAUCCCAGAUUUGCUCUGACGGUGAGCCUUUGUUUGUCGGCACCGUGCCAAUUCUCCUGAGAUUUUUAGUUUUUUGUGAACACUAUUCAAGUCAUAUGGUGUCAGCUGAAUGAGGAAUAAUGUGAUGCAAGGUGGGAAGGAAUUUGACGUUCACCACUUAGCUGAAACCCAGGGCUCACUUGGCCCUUUUUCGAGCGACUGAAGGCGCAAGACGUCUGGGCAAGAUGUAACCCCGAAACUUCGUUACUAGGAAUAAAAGAACUUGUUAUCCAUUAACAGUUUCAUGUGUUCAUGUCUUUCAUGUCUACGUUGACUAAGCUUCAGGUGGUGUUAUAGGUGGACGUUUGGGUAUGAAAUUAGUUUAUGUGUUCCCGAGGUAUUCGUACAACGAUAAACAAUAUGUACAUGUACUUCUUCAUUAAUGGCUGUCAUUUAGUUACCAUGUGUGACCUGAUAAGUUAGUUUCACGACGUUAUGUCGAUCUUUGUGACAAUGAUUUGCUCAAACACUACGGGUUUUGCAUAUUGUUGUAUUUCUCCGUUAUGCUUAUUAAAUAGUAAUUAAAAGACUG